GCUUCACAAGCUGCUGGACUCAAACAUUAACGCAGUUUUCCAACAUGAAAAAGUUUAAAGCUAGCCAGGUGGCUAACGUAAACGACUGAGGUUGAGCGGAUAUGACGCAGCGGUGGGCGGGGUCUGAGAGCUGACGGAGACGAAUGUAAACAGGUAGCACGCCCGUUCACCUGCCAGCGUCGGCGCUCUCCGCAGACCCGUUCUGAUUUUCUGUUCAUUCAUCGACCUGAAGCUGGGCGUCAUGUUCGCUCUCAGAUAGAAGGGUGUGUUUGUUUUCUGACACCCUCGGCAGGUGGUGGGCAGAUAAACCGCUCCCUAUUGACGGUGUCCCCGCAGCCAUGUUGGAGCGCCGCCUGCUGUGUUAAACCCCACCUGAUGCCAAGGACGCAUUUCUCUCAUGACGGCUUCAGUUUGUUGAUUCGUUUCUCUUCACGUGUUGUCAUACGGAGUCGUGUUUGUGAAGCCGUCAGCUGAUCAUGGCGGAGUCCAGCUCGGAGCCGGCGGCCGCUGCUGCAGACCAGCUGAUCAAACGCAGCUCGGAGGAGUCGACUCUCAGCUUAGAGAAUUUCUCCAAUGAACUCGCGCUAACCAUAACGCCGGAGCCAUCUCACCUCAGAGUACUGAGCAGCAACGGUGCCACUGACAGCCCUACGCUCGCCAACAUCCAGAUGGAGGAGGAGGAGGCCACACCCACACCGCCAGAGUCAUCGCCAAGUCCAUCAUCUGAGAACGUGACUCUAACCAUCGCCACCACCACAGAAGAAGUAGAGCUGUCAGCUCUGCUCAGAGCCCCUGAGGGAGGACUGGAUCCAGAUCCAGGUCUGGAUUUGGACCUGGAGGAGAGCUCCUCAGUGGCGACGGCUGGUGGCUCAGAUGACCAGCGGGAGUCCACAGACUCAGCGUCAUUCUCCAUCCCCAGUCUGGAGCUGUCAGAUGGGGUCACAGGCACAGGAAACUCCCUGGACGUGGAGGACGGCCUGUCCUCAUCCUACUCGGCUCUGGGUGUCGAGGGUCGCUCUCCGUCCACCGAGGUCCCCAGUCUGAAGGACGAGGCGGCGCUGGAAGCUGCUGGGGGCGCUGUUGCUGCUGUUGCCGCUGUUGCAGCUGCUACUCCUGCAGCUGCAGCUGCACCAGAGCCUGGACCGUCCAUGCCAGCGUAUUACCUGGUGAAGUGGAUUACCUGGAAGGAGAAGAAGACGCCCAUCAUCACCCAGAGUGAGAACGGACCCUGCCCUCUGCUGGCCAUCAUGAACACACUCUUCCUUCGCUGGAAGGCCAAGCUCCCUGCUCAGACUGAAGUGGUCACCACCGAGGACCUGAUGGCUCACCUGGGAGAGUGUGUGCUGACCGUCACUCCCAGAGAGAAGACUGACGGCAUGGAGCUCAACUUCCAGCAGAACAUGAGCGAUGCCAUGGCAGUCCUCCCGAAGCUGUCCACAGGGCUAGAUGUUAACGUUCGUUUCACUGGAGUCACGGACUUUGAAUACACGCCCGAGUGCAUCGUGUUCGACCUGCUGGACAUCCCGCUGUACCACGGCUGGCUGGUCGACCCUCAGAGUCCAGAGAUGGUUGCUGCUGUGGGAAAACUGAGCUACAACCAACUGGUGGAGAAAAUCAUCGACUACAAACACUCUGCAGACAGCAGCCGAGUCAGUGAAGGUCUGGUAGCGGAGCAGUUUUUGGAGUCCACAGCCACUCAGCUGUCGUAUCAUGGCCUCUGUGAGCUCAACACGACAGCCAGAGAGGGCGAGAUCUCUGUGUUCUUCAGGAACAACCACUUCAGUACCAUGAUCAAACACAAGGGGCACCUGUAUCUGCUGGUGACGGAUCAAGGCUUCCUGCAGGAGGAAUCUGUGGUCUGGGAGUCUCUUCAUAAUCUCGAGGGUGACGGAAACUUCUGUGACUCCGAUUUCCGGCUGUGUCAUCCUCCUCAAAGAGCUCCAUCCACCUCCAACCCACCCAGUGCUCAGGAGCAGCAGCGGCAGAUCGACCAGGACUACCUGGUGGCGGUGUCCCUGCAGCAGCAGCAGGGCGGAGCCCCAGGGCCCCUCAGUGACCUGGAGUUGGCCCGGCAGCUCCAGCAGGAGGAAUACCAGCAACAGCAACAACUGCAGCAACAGCAGCAACUCCAGCAACAGGGAUCAGCACAGCAGGUCAGAGGUCAGGGCUCACAGCAAACCAGGAGAAGAGACAAGGACUCAGACUGUGCCCUCCUAUAGACUCUUCUUCAUCACCGCCAUCAUCAUCAUUGUUGUCUGUAAUGCCAUCAGACUUCCUGGUGUGUCUGCGGCGAGUGAGGGAGGGGUCACGCUCAAUGCCAAACCUCAGAGCUUUUCCUUUGUUUCACAGGUCAAAGGUACUGCAGGCCAAUAAAUCUGCCUUUAAGAUGUGCGCUUCAGCUGUCACCAAUGUCUUUAUUAAACCGGUUAUUUAUCAUUAAUAAGAACUGACCAGAAGCCAGUUUACCGCUGCAGUCAGAUGUUUCUCCCCCCUGAUUUUAGCAGAUAGGAGUCAAGAGUCUUUGUAUAGAGCUGUGACUGAAAUAAUCUGCCAGUGAUUCAGCAGUUAUGUUCUUUAGCAGGUUUAAAGCUCAUAUUCAGAGAGGGUUGCUCUUAGGUACUGCUCCUCUGUAGGCUUCCUGAAAUUGUCCAAUCAGAAGAAAGUUGUCUUAAAGGGGGAGGGGCUGAAACAGCUUGUUUCAGACAGAGGAUGAACUGAGGGGCUGCACCGAGGCCCAACGUCAGAUAAAGAAAAAUUAUUAUGAACUGUGUGUCAUGCAAAGCUCCUCUGAUAGAGUACAAGAUUCAAAACAGGCGCACCGCUGAGCGAGUGCCAACGUUCGGCUGUGGAUGCAUAACGGGAACGGGGUGGGACAAUUUUGUCAAAGUGCACGACAGAUUUAUGACCCCUGGUCAGCAUGUAGGCCUCGUGAUGGUGAACAGGGGUGUGAAGUUUGCAUCCGAGGUCACAUCGUUCUCGAGUUCUGGCCAGCGUUAAAGUUUUUGUGGAACAGCCAAGGCUUUUGCUGUAGCUCGGCUCUUUCUUGGAAACAGCUGAGCUAAUGAAACCAACGAGUGUUAAGGUGAAGUUAUUCGUAGUGAAGAUUGAGGAUCGGAGGAUUUAGUGGCGUUUUCUGUGCGGGGAUGCUCUUAAUGGCUGCUCUCGGACCAGAAGAAGUGAGAGGAGUGAAAACAGUGAUCCACAGAGCGACUCUUUAACGCCGCAAAGCUUCAACCAGCUCUGGUGAAGAAGAUACCAAUUUGAUUUGUUCCCUAUGUUGUAUGAAGGUUUGUGAAGGUGAUGUUCUGCUCAGGUAUCUGAUCGUGGGCCUCAGUGCAGCCCCUCAGUUCAUCUACUCUGAAAUACGGCAGAAACCCAGUGCUUGUUGGUGCCGCCUCCUCCUGUGGCUGGUGCCCAGGUUCCAAAACAGUAAAAAUAUCCCAUUAAACAUCAUUUCUGCUUUUCUUUUGGAAAUAAAUCUGAUUCCGAACACGAGAGUGGAUGAAGCUGAAAGUCCAGCUUCAUGUUGAGCGCUUUUUGUCAGAGUUCCUCUAUAAAGCAUCAAAAACACAUUUAACUUUGAAAAUGAAUUUAGUUCAGUUUUAUUUAUAUAGCACCAAAUCGCAGCAGACAGUGAGGGGACAGAGACAGGAAGGCAUCUUCAUCAGCCUCCCAAACCCUCAGCUGGUAUUUGAGGUCUGUGUCUGAAGUGACCAUAUAAGGAUUUCCUCUCUCUGUGAUGCCAUAUCCUCUAAAAGCAGGAAAAAACUGUCAGUUGCCUGGUGGAUGCAUUUAUAAGAACAUGUAAAUGCAUCGUGAAAAAAAUUUUUUUUUUCCAAAUUAUCUUCAUAACUGUUUAAAAUAUAUCUGAACACUGUUGAGCUGUAAAACAUAAACCCGCUGCUGAGGCUGAAGUUUGGUUUUUGCCAUCAGAAAUGCAGAAAAUGACGGUUUACAUUUUAUCUGUUGACUGAACAGACGGUGGUCUGGCUGGUCAGACGCUCUUAAAUGAUUUAUUAACCUUUUAAUAAGCUGUCCUGUGAAGGCUUCAUAAACCGUGAUUGAGCAGAAGUUGGCACCUUGAAGCCUGAAGGUUGAAGGUUCUUUGGAAAGUCUUUAAUCUGCUUCUUUCUGAACUUUUUCUGUGACCAGUUUCAGCAGAACUUCCUAAAUGUUCAGUCUGACUUGAACCUGUGGAGGAAAAUGAAAGGUCAGAUCCUGUAAUUUUGUCACAGCGCCCCCUGGUGAAAUGGAGCCAUUUGAAACCACUGCUUUUUAACACAGCUGGAAGCUAAAACCAGGAGACCGACUGUCUCAGAGUUAUGGAAGCUCCUCGAUCUGUUCAUGACACCCUUUGGAUUUCAGAUUUUUGUUUCCCAGCAGAUUAAAAUUUGCUCAUCGCUUUCUGCAGAACAAAUAAAAAUGGUGCAGAAAGUAAUGGGAGCAGAGUCUUUAUCUCAAACAUUUUAGAGGAAACACCCUGAAGUCAGAGCUUCAUUUGAUUAGUAUAAAAUCCCAUGAAGGUCAGCCUGGACUUACAGACAGCUGCAGCUGAGUUUAUCUGUGCCAUUCUUAGAAACAUUUCAGCCAUAAAAACCUGCCAAAAUAUCAAAAAUGUUUCUUCACAAACUUCAAAUAAAGGGUAAAACUGGCCCCAUCACUGCUCCAGAGCUGAUCGUCUUUAUUGAUCCCCCACAAGAGCAGAAUAUAUGGCACCCUGAAGGUGCCAGGAUAACACAAAUGCCAACAAAAGAAUACAAAAACAAACACAAAUUUGACUUGAGAAACCAGAAUUUCAUAUUUUUAUUAAAUAUAGUUCUGUCCAAAGAAGUUUUAAUCUAAUUGAUACGCCUAAAUUAUUUUGUAAUUUUAUACUUUUGUCUGAAUAUUCUGAAUUAUUAGUGAUCUAAUCUUUUUGAAUAGAAAUAUUAAAUUUGACCAAAUUAUAUGUUACCUGUGAUGUCGGAGUUCUGAUUUAAUAAGUCAAAAUGCUGACACUUUUUAAACUUUAAAACUUUUUUUUUUAAUUCAGUCUUUCAAAAAUGUGGUUUGAACAUUAAGAUUUAGACUUGGUCACUAAUAAUUUUGUCUUAAGGGAGAAAUUUGUAAUGUAAUUGUUUAAUUUCUCACAGAUUAGCCUAAUAAGUUAAAUGUUUCACUUUUUAUCUAAUUUCUGUGACUUGAAGCUUCAGCUGUUUUUGCACUUGGUUAUGAUAAUUGUGUCAUUAUCUGCAGUAAAUUAGUUUUCAGGUAUGACUUCAAAUCUCAGAAUUUGGACUUGAGUCAAAAGUUUUGGUACUUUAUGCAAAACAUGUUAAACGUAAGUCAUGUUGACCUGUUGAACUUGAGCUUUAUUUUCUUUUUCAAACAGCAGGAGUUAGAUUUUUCUGUCUCAUAAUUCUGACAGAUAGAUUUGAAGAGUUGUGGCUUUGGUGCCUCAAAUGAAUAACUGCAAACUCAAAAUGCUGACAGAUUAUCGUAAUUGUGACUUGCAGCUGGUGUUUUGUGUAAUUUCCUGGUGAUGAGGCCUCUGGAUGUUUAAAAUCUGCUGUGGAAACAAAAAUAACCUCAGGAGGGAUUUUUAAAUGAAAAACAGUUUCUCUGUGUUGAAACUCAGUGGGCUUUCUUGUUCGGAUAUGAGGUUUUGGGGGUGAAACGAAGAAUUAAAAACGUGUUCUAAUAUCAAUUAACAUUUUUAAAGCUACACUAAGUUCAAGUGUGACAAAAAUGUCCUAAAAACGUUCCCAUCAUGCCUGACUGAGGGUUUCAGGCGUAGACGGUAAGAAAGAUGGACGUAGCUACUGUGACAUCACCUGUUGCUUUGUGAACUCCUGUUUGAAGGCUCGAGAUGAGCGUUGCCGUAGUUCCCAUCACUGUUGCAAAAAACAAUGACCACACAUAAUCCUCCUUUUUGCAACAUGUAUGACCAAGAUUCACCACACAGAUUUAUACUUUCAUACAGCAGACUUCUGUAAGACUGUAGCCGCAGCUGUCGCCAUCUGGUGGCCUUCAGAUAGAAUGCAGGUUUAAGGUGCUUCCACAGUGGCUUCGUUUUUUCUGACGGGAAGUUACGUCCACGUUUUUUACCGCCUGUGGUUUCAGCUGUUUGGUAUUUUAUUUAUUAUGUUUCUUUCUUUGGUGUGACUGUUGGUUGCUGCCACACUGUUCAGGCUUUGGUUUAUCUGUCAUC